AUGUCGGUCCGACUUCAAGUACCACCUAUUCCGUUAUCUCGAUUCCGGCGACUACGACCUCCUUCAGAUUCAUCAACCUACCAAGACAUUGUAGAAGUAGUCAUCCUCCUUGAGAAGGUUUGCCUCCUACCCCUAAUAUUGCCAUCUCAGAUUUCGAACCCAUCCAUACAAGGCUUGACCAGGCAGAGGCUCCAACACAUUGAGCAGACAUUGUAUCAACUAAGUGAGCGUCGACAGCGGCUCGGCCACCCAGAGCAGUCACCGAAUGAAGACACGCACUGGAGUGGACCAGUACUAUGGAUGGUUUAUGGCAACGACUUCGAAUCAUGCGCUCGUUAUGUUACAAGGCAGUUCAAUGACUGGGGCUAUUUCGAUGUUCAACAUCCCCAGGAGCUGUCUGAAAUAUGUACCUCCCUAGCUAACAAGCGUGCCGGAACAUCUGUAGAUAUUCUGAAAACUCUUGCGGGGCGACCUAAAACGUGGUUGAAGGCUUGUUUUUCAAAGCAACUUCAAGAUUAUACAUGGACUCAUACAAACAACUUCUCUGCGCUCGUGGGUAGUUUCAUACUCAACAUGAACGAGGAACUCCACCACAGCUUGAUGAAGCACUCGAGCUGCUGCCAUAUCCUCCGUAACGUCAGAGUUCUAGCAUUUCGAUGGCAGCACACGAGAACACCGGGGAAGGCAUUGCUCCUGCGUUCGCCAGACCAACCGAUGAUACCCAGUCAAGGGUAUCCUGGCGUUGGAAACAAAGGGCGCAAGACUAACACGAACAACCGCUCCAGGACUGCCAAGGAAGAGUCAUGA